CGGCGCGAAACGUGUUUGCUCCUAAAUUCUUUUUAUUUCGUUCGUCGAUCUAUAUAUACAUUUUCAAAUUAUGAUUCCGAAUUUAUUUAAUAUUAUUAUCUAAGUUAUAUUCAAUAGAUUAUAUGCAUAAUCGAUAUCUUGAUUAUUUAGACAUGCGGUAAUAGAAUGAGUGUGGAAGUGUAAAUCAGUGCUGAAAUUACGCUCGUUAAAAUGGGAUCUAUCGUAUUGAAAAGUUUAUCUAUCCUUCUAGGAGUAUUUUUUAUAUUCGUUGGAAUAACUAAAUUAACACCAUUUAUUUCUAAGGAAUUACACAAGGAUUUGAGAAAGGAAUACGUGAGAUAUGCCAAAGUAUUUCCUUUGGCGGAAACUUUCGACUUCAAGUUACCCUCGAAAUGGUACAGAAGGUCUAUUGGGGGACUCGAAAUAUUGUUCGGGUUGGCUCUGGCACUCAUACCUAGCCAUAAAAUAAAGAACUUUGCAAACAUAGGGCUGAUUCUGCUUAUGAUCCUCGCGGCGUAUUCCCACGUUAUGGUGGGGGAUCCCUUCGAUCGCUGCGCGCCGGCUUUGGUCUUCUUCUUUAUGCUGAGUGGACGCCUAGUUGUAUGGUACCAAAUUAGUCGCCGUGAAGAGCAAGAGAAGUCUGCAGCAACUCAGAAUGGGAACGGUCUGAAGAGAGAUUAAUGUAGGUACUAUCAGCAAAUAAAUAAUCAAUAGCCAAAUAAUAAGCCGGUUCUUUACAAAUUAAUUUGUUAAGAGUACCGUCAUUAAAGUAGUUACAAAUUCAUAGUGAUUGCGAACCAAAAAACUAAUCGAUCGUAACUCUGAAGUGUUCAUUUAUUGAAAGGUAAACCCUGUGAUUUAACUAGUCAACUUGUUAAAUAAUUAUUUAUGUUCUUAUUAUGUAUAUCGAAGCAGAUAUUUGUGAUCGACCCAAUUGCUUUAGGAAAUUGUUCCUUUCCUUGUUGUUUCGAAAAACAGUGCGAUGUUUUUAAUGAAUUUAUACCUGAAAGUGAUAUUAAUUUAAGCGAUACUUGCUAGGUUCAUUUUGUAUGUGUGGAUGUGGAAAGUACGUAUAUAAGAUACGAAAUUAACUGCCACUGUAUAAGAAUGCGUAGAUUUUAGAUUUUACUGCACAAAUAGAUAACUAAAUUAACUUGCACAUUUUAUAUUAUGUGGUGUAUCUGAUUUGCUCAAUAUUAGAUGAACAGACAGAAGAAAAACCUAUUUAUUUUCAAUAGCCCUAUUUAAAAUAAACUAUAAUUUUUUAGUCAUUAUUGCUAUAUUGGUUUGAAUUUGAAGCAUUAUAAUUACGCAAAGCUAAUAACUGUCAUAAUUAUAAUAAUAUUAUGUUAAUUUCGUUAACGCAUACGCAUACUACAUGUAAUCGCGAUAAUUUUACGAUAAUUAAUUAUAACAAUGUGGAGUGUGAUGUGUUUGGAGUGUGACGAUUUGU